AUGGAUGUCGCGAGUUUUCCGCGGCCCUGGGUCGUCCUUGGCGUCACCGGAUUCUUGAUGCUGCUCUGGCGGCUCAGCCGAAUUGGCCGACGGCCUCCCAACUUCCCCCCCGGGCCUCCGACCUUGCCAUUGAUAGGGAAUCUACACCAGAUGCCCAGUCAGAAUUCUCACCUGCAGUUCCAGAAGUGGGCGGAAAUCUACGGGCCAGUAUACUCACUUAUGCUUGGGACAAAGGUGGCCAUCGUCUUGUCGUCUGACACGGCUGUGAAAGACUUGUUGGAUAAGCGGAGUGCUAUAUACUCAGGAAGGCCAGACAUGUAUAUGUCACAGAAUAUCAUGAGCGGAAGCCUCCGACCCCUGUUCAUGGGGAGCAGUGAUGCUCAGCGUAAGGCGAGGAAGCUUGCUCACGGGAUCCUGAACCUGACUGUCUCUCGAAGCUACGUUCCAUACCAAGACCUCGAGGCAAAGGCCAUGUUGGUGGGCUUGCUCGACUCCCCCGACGACUUUAUCAAUCAUAUUCGCCGUUAUACCACUUCCCUGACUACGCAAAUGACAUUUGGGUAUCGGACCCCGACUAGCGACGAUCCGAAACUGUUGGAAAUGUUUCACAAUUUUGAAGAGCUGGCCAAGAUAUCUAGCGAAAAGACUGCCGCAAUAUUAGACUUCUACCCGAUCCUGAGAGGCCUCCCGGAUGCCUUCCUCCCGGUGGUGAAGCGAGGCAAGGCCUACCACAAGAGAGAGAAGGAACUGUUCAUGGGGCAUCUCUCAAAUGCUCGUCGACAGCUCCAGAGCGGCACGGCAAAGCCAUGCUGUUGCAUUGAUCUUCUCCGUGCACAGAAGGAAUACGGCUUUUCGGACGAGACUACCUGCUACCUGAGCGGUUCGCUACUGCAAGCCGGUUCCGAAACAACGGCGGCGGUUCUCAUCGGAUUCUUUCAAGCUAUGCUAGUCUUCCCCGACGUUGCUGUGAAGGCCCAAGCCGAGGUGGAUCGCGUCUGUGGAGACCGCAUACCAGAUCUCAACGAUGUCCCUGACCUGCCCUAUAUCCGUGGCUGCAUGAAGGAAAGCCUGCGAUGGAUGCCGGCCACCGCCUUGGGAGUACCGCAUGCGCUGACGGAGGAUGAUUCAUAUCUCGGAUAUCAUCUGCCGAAGGCUGCGGGUGUGAUACUCAACGUCUGGGGUAUCCAGAACGACCCCCAGAGACAUUCGGAUCCUCGAAAAUAUGAUCCGUCUCGAUGGGAAGACGAUCAUCAGAACUCUGCUCAAGCGGCCGUCAACCCAGUGGUCUCCAAGCGCGAUCACUUCGUUUUCGGUGCUGGAAGAAGACUUUGCCAAGGCAUGCAUAUUGCUGACCGGUCUCUCUUCUUGGUCAUGGCUCGCACACUGUGGGCAUUCGACCUGAAACGGAAGGUGGACUCCCAAACGGGUCGAGAACUCAUGCCCGAUAUCGAGAAUCUCGAGGAUGGCAUGUUUCUAUGUCCGAAACCCUUUUCAGCUGAUAUACGGCCCAGAAGCCAAGAGCGAGCCAUGGCGGUCAGGGAGGAAUGGGGCAAAGUGCUGGGGUUGCUCGACGACACGAUGCAGUGGAAGACGGUCCCCGAAGGUCUCAAAUGGAAGGAUUACGAGCCAGACGAUGAGCCUAUAGAUAAAGUCGAGCCAAAGAUGUAA